AUGUCAAGUAUGCCGUUGGUAAAUCAAAUAGAACCGUUUAUUCCCGGCACGAUCCCGUUCGCGCAGUUUUUGGAGCAGUUAGAUUGGGUGUUUGCGCAUCAUAAAGUGACAAGUCCGGAGGAGCAAAAAGUGUCGUUUUUGGCUACUUGUAGUAGAGAAGUGUAUAGUGAGCUGAAGCUUCUUUUUCCCGGAAAAGAUUUGAAAACCGUAUCGUUUAAAGAGAUUACGGAUGCUCUGAAGAAGCGAUACGACAAGACGGAAAGCGAUUUGAUCCAGCGGUACAAGUUUUACCAACGUGUCCAAGGUCCGAAUGAAAGUGCAGAGGAUUUUAUUCUUGCUGUCAAGCUCCAGGCAGAAAUGUGUGAUUUCGGAGAGUUUAAGGACAUGGCGAUUCGUGAUAAACUGGUUUGUGGUAUCAGCAACAAGGAAUUGCAGCAGCGUUUGUUUGAUGAGGAGGAUUUAACUCUGGCCAAAGCGGAGAAGCUCAUUGUGAACAGAGAGUUAGCAGGAGCAAGAGCUAAGUUGAUCUCUGCGACAACUGUUUCACGCCUUUGCUUGGACGAGAUUGGCUGGAUCUGUUUGUUCCUGAUUGGAGAAGAGCGUUUGGAAGCAACAUCAAUCAACUGGCAGUUUCGACAGACCAGACCGUUGCAGAGAUACAGAGUUUCCGUUGGAGGUCGGGUGUAUCUGGCGCACCGCAAUCAACUCAAGGUGUUUGGCACUAAUAAGAAAAGGUGUGGUUUGAUUUUUGCGAGGGGAAAGGAGAGCAGUCCAGCACGUAAACGAAGUAGAGAAGACGAUAACGACGAGAGCUUUGACGACGAUGCUAGCGACUUUCUCGGUUUCGCAGCGGAUUCGUUUAUUUACCGAGACACACCUGACGAUCAACCAAUGGUUUGUGAUUCGAAUGGUGGUGGUUCGGAUAGCAGUAGUUUACCGCUUGAGGAGGUUGAUCCUCAAGAAGGCACGUCUACGCGACAGUGGUCGCGAUCGAAACAAACGAGUUCGGCGGAAAGUUCGAGUCAUCAGUCCGUCAGUUUACGUCGUUCGAGGAGAUCGAAGCGUCCUCGGAAAGAUCCCGAUUUCGUGUUUUAUUGAUACUUUUAAAACUUAGUUUAAAUAAGUUUCCACGGCAGUGAAGUUUGGCCGUUUUCGAAGUUUAGUUUGCGGCAGUUUAGUUUUGCCGUUUUUGAAUUUUAUGGCAGUGAAGUUUCGCCAUUUUCGUUUAUAUGUGUUUGAACUAAAGGGGGAAGAACUGUGGUGACCACCCGGCACUACAGCCCUGAAUGAACAGCUGCUGGCUCAGCGUUCA